AAGCUACUAACCAAACCAGCAAGAUGGACCGAAUGGCCUCCUCUCGUUUGUAAACUUUCUUAUGUUAUGUUUCUUAUGUACUGACUGUAAUGAAUAAAUAAGCUAUACAGCCACACACACGCAAAACACAGUCUAUUCACAAAACAGUGUAAACAUAUACUGUACAUUGAUUUUUGGUACCAUAUAGCUACAUUGGCUACCGCCAUACUGUAGUACUACGAUCAAAUUGGCAUCGAUAUACCCUUAGUAACCCGAUUAGUGGAAAUAGAAACUGUUUACAUGCUAAGUUUCGUUUUCCCACAGAGUACACCCAUGUUUGCAGCCAGUUUCGCUUACUAUAAUUCCACGUCAGAUCUGUUUAAGUUUCGUUUAUGUUGCCUGGCAAUUCACACCAGAAAGACGAAGUAUAAUUUGUAUUUAUAUCCUGCUUAAAUGAGUAUCAGACUUAAUUGCCUUUCAAACAUGGCUAGACGUCUGAACUGUAACUUCAGUCAGUGGAGUUCUCGAGUCUUUGCCGCAGAAUUUGACAGUAGAUGCGAUCCAGUCUAUUUCGCUUUAAGUGCGCAGACCCCAGCUGCGGAUGAGAAACAGAGCCUGCUUUUCCAGAAGCUUUUCAGUCAAGGAAAGGCUUUUUCUGUCCAUGCCAUUACAGAUGACAGAAUUCAAAGGGCAAGAUCGUAUUCUGACCUUCAGGGUAAACUUGUUUCUGCGUUACCAAAAAGCUGCAAUCUAUUGCAACUGAUAGCCUUUCAUCCAGACGUAAACAAUUCGCUGGUAAAGGGUUUUUUCAUUCAAGACGCACUCAACAAUGCCGAGACUGAAAACAUGCUCAAAGAUCUAGUUAAAAGCGAGGAAUUUCAUUUGUGCACCUAUGUCUCUUCUGAAGAUGGGAAGCUGUGGCAGCAGUGUGUGUGGUCACAAAGAGGCAAAGAGUGUACUGAGGUUGCUAAACACUACAUCACUGUCGCUGCAAAACCGGAAUACCAUCCCACUCUGCUGAACAUUAUUAACACGGUUGUGUACUACAGCUUCGAAGAUGCUUACAGGGUUUUGCAAGAGUGUAAGGAAUGUAUUCCUGAAUCCAAAGAAGUCUUGGAACUUGCAGAUCAGUGUAUGAAGAAUUCGACAAAGGGUCGUUUUCCUGUGAUAGUAAUAGAAGGACUGGAUGCAACCGGAAAAACUACAUUGACCCAGUCGCUACAAGAGAUUCUGAGAGGGGCUCUACUGAGGUCCCCACCAGGCUGUCUUUCUCAGUGGAGGGCUCGAUUCGAUGCUGAACCACCGCUCAUCAGAAGGGCUUUUUAUGCUUUGGGAAACUACAUCAGCGCAUGUGACAUAGCACGAGAAUCUGCAAAGUCUCCUGUUAUAGUUGAUAGGUACUGGCACAGUACUGCAGCCUACGCCAUUGCGACGGAGGUCGGGGGGACGCUGGAGAGCCUGCCCUCCUCUCAUUCUGAAGUGUACCGGUGGCCCAGGGACCUGCUGACACCAGAUCUAGUGGUGCUGCUGACAGUGAGACCAGAGGAACGGGCCCGCCGUCUACUUGCACGGGGAGUGGAGAAGACAAGGGAGGAGGCAGAACUGGAGGCAAACAAUCUGUUCAGGCAAAAAGUGGAAGAGGCAUACCGGAGAAUACAAGAUCCUGCCUGUGUAGUAAUAGAUGCCAGUCCUUCAAAAGAAGAAGUUCUAAGUGAAGUCCUACUCUUAAUUCAAAAGCACUGUAAUUUGUAACAGACUGUCACCCCCUCCCCCUCGGCUACAGACUGAAGAACAGUGACCACUAGAUGGUGCCAGAGUGCUGUAAAUCUGAGUUGGUUUGCUAAGGCUAAUAUAGGUAAUAGGUUUUGCAGUAGCUCACUGCUUUUCAUGAAUAAGAGAGAGAGAAAGAGGGGGGCAUGGACUGAAGUAAUCCAUUCGGUCAGAGCAGUUCAAUACUCUAAAAUGGCUUCUAAAAAUGCAUACCAUUUACAUUUCAAGUUAGACAUAGAAGAAAAUGAUUCCUAUAUAUAAUUCAGUAUAUAAUAGUCUGCUAUACCUAACAUAUCAAAACAGUAUACUGGUCAAUAUACAGUUUAGGUAGGGGGUGGGUAUGUGCUGCUGGACAAUGAAACUGAGACAGAAGCAACUGCAGGUGUUUCAUGUCAUACACAAUGACUUGCUUCCUUGAGAUGAUAUUACCCACAGCGGAAGAAAGCAAACCUGCAGGAAUGGAGUUCAAACUGCCUUAAAUGACAUUCCAAGGAUGCAAGCCAUUGUGUAAAUAUAAAGCACACCUAUGACACAGGGUAAACAACCCUCUUCACCAUGGACUAGUGCUGUCUUCUCACCUGCCAAGUUUCAUUUCUCUUAUGAUGCAUCAUUUCACCUGGCACAUCACAUCAAUGCACUGGUACCAUCCUGCACUGUAGGUUGCAUGUUAGUAAAUGCAGUAUGUGGGACCAGUCUUUAUGGAAUAUCUGUGGUUUGUCACACCUAUUUCAAAACAAGAGAAUCUUCCUUACUUCAAAUUGGCAGGUCUUAGAUGCUGCAUGUCAACACUUCACUGCAAUUUGAAAGAAAUAGCCUGUUUAUCAUUUUUAUCAUAUCUGUAGGAAGAUUUUUUUUUUUUUAAUUUAGUUUGUUUACACAGAAACACCAAAUCAUUUUUUUCAAACUAAGCUGUUUCACAUGUAAAAUAUGUUUAUUGGAUUUUAAGUAGACCAUAGCUAUAUAAAAGGAAAAUGAUGAUAUAUAGUAUGAGUACAAUUAUUAUUCAUGACAAAUGCUUCUUUUGAGAUAUAUUGAAGAGGAGUGAUAUAUCCAUGUGAGAAGUAAAACAAAACAAACAAAAAUAAAGAUUCCAAUUGAA